ACAGGGUCACAAGGGAGUGAAAAUCAACAACUUCAGCACUUCUUGGAGGAAUGGCCUGGCAUUCUGUGCUAUUUUACACCACUUCCACCCUAAGAAAAUAAAUUUUGAAAUGUUGGACCCAUAUGACAUCAAACUCAACAACAAGAAGGCCUUUGAUGGUUUUGCUGAACUUGGCAUUUCCCAGUUGAUAGAUCCUUCAGACAUGACCCUGCUCGCCGUGCCUGACCGUCUCAUUGUCUUGACCUACCUCAGCCAGAUCCGGACACAUUUCACAGGCCAGGAGCUAAGUGUGCUUCACAUAGAAAAGACCAGCAGUGAAUCGAGCUACGCUGUAGCAGGGAACAGGGAUGACCAAGAGGACCCAGAGGCAACAGUUCGCUACUGCACCCAGAGACUCCAGGAGGAGGGUAUAAGUCUCGACAUGAUUGGAAGUGCAAGCCCAGCAGAGACAGAUGGCAAAAGCAGUAAGGAGGUGGUUCCACCGCCGAGAUGCAAACGGUUUCAAGCUCCAGGGCCAGGGGUGGGCAAGCAGCCAGUGCCACCACCAAGGACUCAUUUUCUGUCCAAGUCGGGCUUUUCUCAUGUCAGAGAUGCUGAUUUGGUCAAGAAGCGUAGGUCCCAGCGAAGGAGUGGUUCAAUGGAGGACGCAGACAUAUCAGUGGCUGGCACAGGACAAGAUCGAGAAAAAUCAGACACUGAGAGAACAGGGGUUGUAGUGGAUGAAGAAAGACCAGAGGGCCAGGAUCCAAGUCAAUACGUGUUGCAUCAGAUCGAAGCUCUGGAAGCAGAACAAGAUUACAUUGAUAGUACUGCAAACGUGGUGGAGAGGAAACUCAGACAGUUAAUGGAAACAGGCAGCGACAAAGUGGAAGAGGAGAGACUGAUUCAGGAAUGGUUUACGCUAGUCAACAAGAAGAAUGCUUUAAUCCGGAGGCAGGACCGCUUACAGCUCAUGCUGGAAGAACAAGAUCUGGAAAGAAGAUUUGAGCUGUUGACCAAAGAGCUGAGAGACAUGAUGGCAACUGAAGAGGGUCAGAAGUCUCAGGCUCAGAAACACAGAGAGCAGCUGCUGCUUCAGGAGUUAGUGUCUCUGGUCAACCAGAGAGACGAGCUGGUCCAUAGUAUGGACACCAAGGAAAGAGGAGCUCUGGAAGAGGAUGAACGCCUGAAUCGAGGACUGGAGUUGCGGAGGAGGAAGUACGCUAAGCAGCAGAAAGAAAAGUGUCUCAUGCAGUGACUCCAUCAGGCAUCAAUCAGACGCCUCCAAAUACUGAUGUAGACCUUUAAAAGAAAAUGGUUAAAGACAAUAAUCAUAUGGCGGCAGAGGCAUUCAGUAUAACGUGACUUUGUGUGUCGAGUUGGCUCUCCGGUGAGCCAAAAUAAGGUCGAAAUAUCAUAAUUCAUCUCUGCAAAAUAAAAAACUAACACUCCAGCCUUAGAAGAAAAAACAGGAUUCUGUUACGAUAUAAUUAAAAACAGUUUCAGCAGUGAAUUGUUUAAACUAAACAAAUAAAAUAGACGACGUAAAAACAAGGUCAAUAAACAGUUGAUAUGCUUUUAUUUGUUAGGACUGUUGUAUUUUAUUUUUAUAUUUAAGCAUGAAUAUCAGGGUCAGACUUCUGAGAUGUUACUAUUUU